GCAGGCGCUAGCGCAGGGCGGGCUGAAGCAGCUGAAGCAGCGGCGGCGGCGGCGGCGGCGGAGGCUCGGGCAGAGGGGCGGGAGCAGAGGCGGGAGCGGACGGGCUCGGGAGAGGCGGCGGAAUGGUGGACUACCACGCGGCGAACCAGUCGUACCAGUACGGCCCCAGCAGCGGGAGCAAUGGCGCCGGCGGCGGCGGUAGCAUGGGCGACUACAUGGCCCAGGAGGACGACUGGGACCGGGACCUGCUGCUGGACCCGGCCUGGGAGAAGCAGCAACGCAAGACCUUCACAGCCUGGUGCAACUCCCACCUGCGCAAGGCCGGCACACAGAUCGAGAACAUCGACGAGGACUUCCGAGACGGGCUCAAGCUCAUGCUUCUCCUGGAGGUCAUUUCCGGGGAGCGGUUACCUAAGCCAGAGCGGGGCAAGAUGAGGGUGCAUAAGAUCAACAAUGUGAACAAGGCACUGGACUUCAUCGCCAGCAAAGGAGUCAAGCUGGUCUCCAUCGGGGCAGAAGAGAUCGUGGACGGCAAUGCAAAGAUGACGCUGGGCAUGAUCUGGACCAUCAUCCUCAGGUUCGCCAUCCAGGACAUCUCCGUGGAGGAGACCUCUGCCAAGGAGGGGCUCCUCCUCUGGUGCCAGCGGAAGACGGCCCCGUACAAGAACGUCAAUGUGCAGAACUUCCACAUCAGCUGGAAGGACGGGCUCGCCUUCAAUGCCCUGAUCCACCGGCACAGACCAGAGCUGAUCGAAUAUGACAAGCUGAGAAAGGACGACCCCGUCACCAACCUGAACAAUGCCUUCGAAGUGGCUGAGAAGUACCUAGACAUCCCCAAGAUGCUGGAUGCGGAGGACAUCGUGAACACGGCCCGGCCCGACGAGAAGGCCAUAAUGACCUAUGUGUCCAGCUUCUACCAUGCCUUUUCGGGAGCGCAGAAGGCCGAGACCGCCGCCAACCGGAUCUGCAAGGUGCUGGCUGUCAAUCAGGAGAACGAGCACCUGAUGGAAGAUUAUGAGAGGCUGGCCAGCGAUCUCCUGGAGUGGAUCCGGCGCACCAUCCCUUGGCUGGAGGACCGCGUGCCCCAGAAGACCAUCCAGGAGAUGCAGCAGAAGCUGGAGGACUUCCGCGACUACCGGCGUGUCCACAAACCGCCUAAGGUGCAAGAGAAGUGCCAGCUGGAGAUCAAUUUCAACACGCUGCAGACCAAGCUGCGCCUCAGCAACCGGCCCGCCUUCAUGCCCUCCGAGGGCAAAAUGGUCUCGGACAUCAACAAUGGCUGGCAGCACCUGGAGCAGGCGGAAAAGGGCUACGAGGAGUGGCUGCUGAAUGAGAUCCGCAGGCUGGAGCGGCUCGACCACUUGGCAGAGAAGUUCCGGCAGAAGGCCUCCAUCCACGAGGCCUGGACUGACGGGAAGGAGGCCAUGCUGAAGCAGCGGGACUAUGAGACGGCCACCCUCUCAGAUAUCAAAGCCCUCAUCCGCAAGCACGAGGCCUUCGAGAGUGACCUGGCCGCACACCAGGACCGCGUGGAGCAGAUCGCGGCCAUCGCCCAGGAGCUCAACGAGCUGGAUUACUACGACUCCCAUAAUGUCAACACCCGCUGCCAGAAGAUCUGCGACCAGUGGGACGCUCUUGGCUCUCUGACCCACAGCCGCAGGGAGGCCCUGGAGAAAACAGAGAAGCAGCUGGAGACCAUUGACCAGCUGCACCUGGAGUACGCCAAGCGGGCAGCGCCCUUCAACAACUGGAUGGAGAGUGCCAUGGAGGACCUGCAGGACAUGUUCAUCGUCCACACCAUCGAGGAGAUCGAGGGCCUGAUCUCAGCCCACGACCAGUUCAAGUCGACGCUGCCGGACGCCGACCGGGAACGGGAGGCCAUCCUGGCCAUUCACAAGGAGGCCCAGAGGAUCGCCGAGAGCAACCACAUCAAACUCUCGGGCAGCAACCCCUACACCACUGUCACCCCCCAGAUCAUCAACUCCAAGUGGGAGAAGGUGCAGCAGCUGGUGCCCAAGCGGGACCACGCCCUCCUCGAGGAGCAGAGCAAACAGCAGUCCAACGAGCACCUCCGCCGCCAGUUCGCCAGCCAGGCCAACAUCGUGGGGCCCUGGAUCCAGACCAAGAUGGAGGAGAUUGGCCGCAUCUCCAUCGAGAUGAACGGGACGCUGGAAGACCAGCUGAGCCACCUGAAGCAGUACGAGCGCAGCAUUGUGGACUACAAGCCGAACCUGGACCUGCUGGAGCAGCAGCAUCAGCUCAUCCAGGAGGCCCUCAUCUUUGACAACAAACACACCAACUACACCAUGGAGCACAUCCGCGUGGGCUGGGAGCAGCUGCUCACCACCAUCGCCCGCACCAUCAACGAGGUCGAGAACCAGAUCCUCACCCGCGACGCCAAGGGCAUCAGCCAAGAGCAGAUGCAGGAGUUCCGGGCGUCCUUCAAUCACUUCGACAAGGACCACGGCGGGGCGCUGGGGCCGGAGGAGUUCAAGGCCUGCCUCAUCAGCCUGGGCUACGACGUGGAGAAUGACCGGCAGAAGCAGACAGGCAGCAUGGACUCCGAUGACUUCAGGGCUCUGCUUAUCUCCACAGGAUACAGCCUGGGCGAUGCCGAGUUCAACCGCAUCAUGAGCGUGGUCGACCCCAACCACAGCGGCCUCGUGACCUUCCAAGCCUUCAUCGACUUCAUGUCGAGGGAGACCACAGACACCGACACAGCCGACCAGGUCAUCGCCUCCUUCAAGGUCCUGGCAGGCGACAAGAACUUCAUCACGGCGGAGGAGCUGCGGAGAGAGCUGCCGCCCGACCAGGCCGAGUACUGCAUCGCCCGCAUGGCGCCGUACCAGGGCCCCGACGCUGUGCCCGGCGCCCUCGACUACAAGUCUUUCUCCACAGCCCUGUACGGCGAGAGCGACCUGUGAGGGCCCCCCCCCCCCAACGAGAACCCCUGACCGGAUGGCCCUUGUCACAGCCUCCAGGAGGGGCUGUCUCUCUCCCAGCUCCUGACUCUGUAUCUAUGCAAAGCACUCUGGCAGUCCUUUCUGGGGGGCGGGGGGCAGGGAGGGGCUGGGGCGGGCUCUCUCCUCUCUGUCUGUGUGUCAGAUGCCAGGGAAGCUUUCCCCUCCCCUGGACCAGCCUAAGGGACACGUCCAGGGUCAGGCUCCUGGUCUGGGAAAUGUAUAUGAUGUGUUGGGUUUUGGGUUUUUUUAAACUAUUUGGAGGGGACGGUGGAUCCCAUAGCAAAACAUGUUCCCUCCCAGCCCUAGGAAUGCCCCUCACCCCUUCCUUUGCCCCCGAGGUCCCUUCAAGGCCUCCCACAUCCAGGCCAAAGCCUGACGUGCCUUGUCCCGGAGCUGCCUGGGCCUGCAGUGGGCCCAGCAGAGGGCGCCACAGCCACCCCCAGGAAGGAGGACCUGCCUGCUCUUCUCCCCUCCCUUGCCGAGGCCCCAGGAGGGGGUGCAGCUCUGUCCCCUCUCUCUGCAACAGAGGAGCGGGGCUGGGCGCCCAGCCUCUCACUUUCCCUCCCCCCCCGUUCCCAGCCAGCCACCCCCCUGCUUUGUCUGGACCUGCAUAUCCGAUUUUCUAAGCCCCUCACACAUACACACACAAAAUACACCAAAAAAAAACAAAAAAAUUCACAAAAACUAUAAAAAAAAUUUAAAACUUUCAGAGAAUUACUAUUUACUUUAUUAACUUACGGAUUUAUUAUAUAAAUAUAUAUUCACCUAGCAACAUAUCUCUGCCGCCUCUUGCUCCCGUAAUGAAGACAUAGCUGAUUUGCCCCCUCCCCAGCUCCUGACUGAUGUCUGCCAUCGGGCGUGGGUCUCUGGGGACCCUCCGGAGGUGGAGGGUGGGCUGCUGGCCUAGCUGCCUGUUAGUGGAUGGUUUUGCUCCCCGCCCCCUUUUUUUGAGUUUAUUCUAUUUUUUUUUUUUUUUUUCUUGGUUUCUGGAUAAACCACCCUUCUGGGGACAGGAUAAUAAAACAUGUAAUAUUUUUAAGGA